AAUCCGCAUAGGCACAGCAGUAUGAUGAGCUGUCCGCCGGGACCGGACACGUACCGCUGAUCUGCGGACCUUCGCCAGAGUCGAAGCUCCGAUCCAUUGUUCGGUUCUCCUUGUAUAAAAUGGCGAUUUUGGCGUUCCCCGAGCCAUCUCAACUGCCUAUUGUUUGUUUUAUCGCUCCCUCACCACGUGAAAGAUGUUGCUUCUAUUCGCUCACAGUCUCUUGGCUACUUCAGUGUAUGCAGUCAACAAUGGUCUGGCUAGAACGCCCCAGAUGGGGUGGAAUAACUGGAAUUCCUUGGGUUGUGAUGUCUCCCAGUCGCUGUUGCUCGAGACUUCUAAGGUGCUGCUGGACAGCGGCCUGAAGGACGUGGGCUAUCAAUAUGUCGUCCUUGAUGAUUGCUGGUCGGAUGGCCGCGACGCAGGUGGCUAUCUUCAACAUGAUUCGAAAAAAUUCCCUAACGGCAUGAAAUGGGUUGCCAAUGAACUCCACGAUAUGGGUCUUCUGUUUGGCAUGUAUUCGAGUGCUGGAGAGAUGACCUGCGCCAGAUACGAGGGCUCGCUUGACAACGAGGAGAAAGAUGCAGAGAUCUGGGCUUCGUGGGAUGUCGACUACCUGAAAUACGACAAUUGUUACCAUCGCGGCCGAUUCGGCUACCCUGAAAUCUCCUUCAACCGUUACAACAGGAUGGCGAAAGCUCUCAAUGCUACAGGUCGACCGAUCCUUUACUCGUUGUGUUCCUGGGGAGAGGACUACGUUCACACUUGGGGAAUGUCCAUUGCCAACUCCUGGCGGAUAUCCGGCGAUAUCUAUGACCACUUCAAUCGCCCAGAUGCCCUAUGUGCGUGCGAUGAUCCUCGAGAUCCCCACUGUGUCGCACCAGGCACUCACUGCUCGGUCAUGAACAUCAUCAACAAGGUUGCACCCUACGUCGAUCGUGGCCAGUUUGGCGGCUGGAACGAUUUGGAUAUGUUGGAAGUGGGACAGGGUGGCAUGACGGACGAAGAAUACAAAGUACACUUUUCGAUGUGGGCUGCUCUGAAAUCCCCGCUGCUGAUCGGCGCCGACAUUCGCCAAUUGUCGCCCCAAACCCUGUCCGUUCUGAAUAACCCCGCCGUCAUUGCGGUCAGUCAAGAUCCGCUCGGUAGAUCGGUGGCUCAGAUUUUCCGGGACCAGCAGGUCAAGAAGGACAAGUACGGGCAAGGAGAGGUUCAGAUCUGGAGUGGCCCUCUGUGGCUGCACGACCAAGUCGUCAUCUUCCUCAAUGCUGCGGACGAGGAUCUUGAAAUGACAACAACCCUGAUUGACAUCUUCCUGCACGAAGGACCCGAAGGAUCGGCGCCACAGACCAUGGAGGAAUUCGACAUUUACGACCUGUGGGCUGACCGCAUGGAUGACUCUACAGCCGAGCAAAUUCUCAACGGAAAGGCGCAAUACAAAAGCUCAUGGUAUAACUCGACUCGGACGCCGUACAAGGAGGGUCUGGCCAAGUCCGACCCUCGGCUCCUGGGUAAGCGAGUGGGCAGCAUUGGCCCAAAGCACGACGUUCUGCGAGCUCAUGUACCACGACACGGUAUUCGCAUGUUCAGACUGCGGAACCUGAGCGGCGGCUCUCCGAGAUAUGCAAUGACGAAGAGUGAGCUUUGAUUUUGUUUGAUAAUGGGGCGAGUUUCAUCAAUGGAAUGUGCAGGUGGAGGCCAUAGAGACAGCACGCUGUCCUCAAGUAUAGGAUGGCUUCAAGACAAGGAACAGGCGUUUCUAUAGAGACGAGAUAGAUGAGGCUUAAUGGGCGAGUCCAG